UUUAAGAUGUUUUAAUAUCAACAUUCAUCAAAGACUUCAAUAUACACAUACAAUUCUGCACGUUCAUGUACCAGCCUGGCACAUUAAUUCAAUAUAAUUAUAAUAGAACUACUUGGGUAAUUUGGAGUUGAUGAUGACUCAGUCAAAGUCAAUGUUAUUAUGAUAGAACCACUUGGCUUUGAUAUGCAAGGCAACAAUGGGCGAAGGUAAGGGAGAUGAAAAACAGCACGAAAAGAUUAUGCAGGCAGCUCAAAUACAUUUAGUUGUUGCCACUCUAAUAAUGACAGUCACCUUCACAGCUGGAUUCACAUUGCCAGGAGGUUUUGAGAGCGAUACCAAUAGCCCUAAUAAAGGGAUGGCGAUUCUAUUAAGGAGAACAGCGUUUCGUGCAUUUGUUGUUACGGAUGCCAUCGCCUUUACAUCUUCAGCUGCUGCUGUUUUUACUUACUUCGCUAUGGCAGCAAGUGUAAUAUCUGAACCAGAAUUGAGGGUUGUGAUGCGACUUUAUAAGAUCGCAGUUUUUUGCAGCUUUUGGCAAUGUCAGCCGUUGUAAUUGCAUUUCUUACUGGUAUGUAUGCUACUUUAGCACAUUCAGUUGGUCUUGCCGUUACUGUCUGUGUCAUCAGUUGUACCUCUUUCAUUAUGUUCUUGUUGGUUACUUAUGUUCUUGGAAGCAGGGGAUAGAGUAUAUGUACUUGUGGGUUACUUAUUGUAUAAUACUUUCAUGGUUUUUAUUUUAAUAAAUUAAUGUAAGAUGCCUUACUAUAGAGUAAGUUACAAACGUGUG